CGGUUGACAGGUGAGGAGUGCGGACGCGGUCAGAGCCGCUCCUUGCCAAGACGUUCUGUACGUGGAUUGGUGUACGUGAGUGUCCGUUCCCGACAUGAGCACGGCUACUACUAUCAUGCCGGACGCAGGAGGAGAGGCAGAAGGAGGCUCGAGGAUAGGAUGGCCGGAUGGACUGGUCAUUGCAGCGUAUUUUCUUUUCGUGUUCGGCGUUGGACUCUGGUCCUCGUAUCGCAACAAAAGUAGCAAUGUGUCGGAUUAUUUCCUCGCCGCCAGGAAUAUGCACUGGAUACCCGUCGGCGCCUCCCUCUUCGCCAGCAACAUCGGGUCGGGGCAUUUCAUCGGCCUUGCGGGAUCCGGAGCUGCUUCGGGCAUCGGCGUCGCAGGGUUCGAACAGAGUGCUAUCUACAUCCUCAUGCUUCUGGGUUGGCUGUUUGUCCCGGUGUACAUGAGUUCGGGUGUUUACACAAUGCCCGAGUUUAUGAAGCUGAGAUUCGGAGGACGUCGGAUUCGAGUCUAUCUCUCAUUCCUGGCGCUUCUGCUCUACAUUUUCACUAAGAUUUCUGCCGACCUGUACGCAGGCGCGCUGUUCAUCCAGCUGGCCCUGAACAAGAAUUCCUCGGGAUGGCUGUACCUCGCCAUCCUCAUCCUGCUCGCCAUGGCAGCUGUCUUCUGCAUCGCCGGCGGGUUGUCGGCCGUCGUAUGGACCGACUUCGUGCAGACCAUCCUCAUGGUGGUGGGGGCUUUCAUCCUCAUGGUCCUCUCCCUCAAAGAGGUGGGCGGAUUAUCGAAGCUGGUGGAGGACUACCCUUACGCGCGCGCGACCCUGCGAGCAACGGACCAUGAUAAUAACACCUGUGGAGAACCCUCGCCGUACUACCUGUCUCUCCUGCACCCGAUCCAGCCCGGCCUGUCCGACUACCCAUGGACGGGCAUGAUCUUUGGGCUCACUAUCAACUCCAUCUGGUACUGGUGCACAGAUCAGGUGAUCGUGCAGAGGACACUGGCCAGUAAGGACAUGAUCCACGCCAAGGCAGGUUGCAUUCUGGCAUCCUACCUUAAAUUCCUGCCUCUGUGGCUGCUGGUGUUCCCGGGGAUGGCUGCCCGCAUCCUGUACCCCGAGCGCGUGGCUUGUGCAGAUCCUGAGGAGUGUAUCAGGAUUUGCGGCAGUGCUGGAGGAUGCACCAAUAUUGCAUAUGCAGAGCUGGUGCUUAACCUGCUUCCUGAAGGUCUGGCGGGGCUGAUGCUGGCGGUGAUGAUGGCGGCCCUCAUGUCCUCCCUCACGUCGAUCUUCAACUCCGCCUCCACGAUCUUCACCAUGGACGUGUGGGUGCUCAUCCGGCCGAAGAUCAAGUGCUCUCGGCUGGCGGCCAAGCCCACGCAGGCCGAGCUUCUCUUCGUGGGCCGCGCCUUCGUGCUCGUCCUUGUCGGCAUCUCCGUCAUAUGGAUUCCUGUCAUUCAAAACACCGGCAACUCCCAGCUGUUCCAUUAUAUUCAAGCUGUCUCCUCCUUCUUGGCGCCGCCCAUCUGUGCCGUCUAUCUGCUUGCUAUGUUCUGGUCUAGGACUAACGAACCCGGUGCGUUUUGGGGUCUUAUGAUAGGCCUCGUAAUUGGAAUGCUGCGUUUUAUCGUCGAGUUCUCCUUCACCCUACCUCCCUGUGGUUCUAGCGAUCCAGACCCCCGGCCCGCCUUUGUGAAGUUGACCGUGGGGAACGUGCACUACCUUCACUUCUCGUGUAUCCUGUGGAUUAUCACCGGCCUGGUCACUGUGGGCGUUUCCCUCCUGACGGAGCCCAUUCCAGAGGAGUGCCUGUACCGGCUGACCUUCUGGACGCGCCACGACCCUCGCAUCAGGCAGCCGUUGGAGGAGGAGGACGACUAUGACGACGACGCCCCGGCUACGAACGGAGGAACCAAAGCCAGCGAGCAUACUGAGAAUGCUGUCAACGGGAGCAGUGACGCGCCGCAGCAGAUGGAAGUGGAAGGUUCUGCUGAAAUCGAAAGCAAAUUUCAACGAAUCAAGAAGUACCUGUGCAGCGCCGUUCCUGAACUUGAAGAGGAAAGUCCAAAGGUCGUUCUAACUGAAAGCCAGAAAGCUGAAGAUGCUGCUGCCUUCCUUAAGGAGCCACCCUUCUGGAGAAAUUUCGUGAACUACAACGCCAUCCUGUGUCUGGCUCUCACGACUUUUGUCUGGGGAUUCUUCGCUUAAUGAAACUCCAUGUGCUAUGAGUGCACCUAGACCCCAGUUUUCGGUUAAACUGAUAUUAGAUAGACAUACCAAGUGUACAGUUUUAGAUAUAUAUAUAUAGUUUAUACGAGUAACUCAUAUGAAACCUUUUUUUUCUAACAAGAUCUUGAGUAUUUUUAUACAUCGGUGUGUAUGGUUCCAUUGGCAUAUAUAACAAAGCUCCGAAGAGUAUAUAAAACAGUCCACGUGGCUUUUAAGCAUUUCGAAAUAUAUCGAGCCUAGCUACAGAGAAGGAUCGAUCACAUGCUAUUUGCUCAUUAUUUUUCAUCUUUUCACCGGUUUCAUUUCUUAAUUUCAUUUUCUGUCUUGUCCUGAUCCAACGAAUGCAAAGUUACAAGGCCAGUAGUUAUAAAUUUGGUGGUAAGUAGCCAUUA